AUUAUCAGUCUCACACCCACUCCGAAAGUCCCACACUUUGUCGCUCUAUCUUCAGACUUGUUUUGCUUCCCCAAAAGGCCAAAAGUGGAACAUCCUAGGUGGGAAAGAAGCUUUAAAUUGUAGCACAAAGAUAUACAGAUGGCGUUGAGGCGCUUUUUAGGGUUUUCGGAUGGCGAGCUGAUGAGGUCGGAUGCAAAACCUUGUUCUAGAUUGAUGAGACAGACUGCCGGUAUUUUCAGUGUUGGCGGAGCAUUGGGAUUCUGGAUCCUUUGUGGACUGCAUUAUGGACCCAGAAUUACAGUUCCUAGGACUCUUCGUUGGGCAGCAUGUGGUGCAGUUUCUAUGAGCUCAACCACUGCUUUGCUGGUUCGCUUAUUUAGUCCAGAGUGUGAGCCCCAAAACAUAGCUACUUAUGACAAAGGAAAUUAGCACUAAGUUCAUGAAAGUUGUAAUGCUAUUCUAAGCGAGUUCGGUUGGGUUUGUUAAUCGUCAUAUAGGAGUGAUUCAAAUAUAGAUAUUUGGUUU